AUGUUUUCACGCACGACUCUCAAAACAAUUUUCCUCUCCCUCCUUACCUACGCUUCUGCUCUCCCAUCCGAACUAGACACUCGUGCUACCUGUCCUGGCGUACAUGUUUUCGGUGCCAGAGAGACCACUGUAUCACCUGGAUACGGAACCGCAGGUGUCGUUAUCAACCUCAUUCUCGCUGCACACUCUGGUGCAACAUCCGAAGCUAUUGUUUACCCAGCAUGUGGUGGACAAUCUUCGUGCGGUGGAGUCAGCUAUGGAAAUAGUGUUGUUCAGGGUGUUGCUGCCGUUGCUGCUGCAGUUAAUGCAUACAAUACACAAUGUCCGAGUACUCAGUUGGUAUUGGUGGGGUAUUCUCAGGGUGGACAAAUAAUGGACGAUGCGUUCUGUGGGGGUGGGGACGCUAAUGAAGGACUUACAAAUACGGCAAUCCCAAUUAAAGCCAGCGCUGUCAAUAUGAUCAAGGCUGCAAUCUUCAUGGGUAAUCCAAGAUAUGUCUAUGGACUCUCUUACGAAGUUGGUACCUGUAGAGCUCAAGGAUUUGCACCUCGCCCCUCCGGAUUCUCAUGCCCCUCUGCCUCCAAGAUAAAGUCCUACUGUGAUUCCGCCGAUCCAUACUGCUGCACUGGUUCCGAUGCCAAUACGCAUCAAGGCUACGGCACCGAAUAUGGACAACAAGCCCUCACAUUCGUGAAUGCAAAACUCGCCUCUUCUGGUACGUCCCCAACCACUACUCCAUCUAGCCCUGGCACUACUUCUACCACUACUCCUUCCUCUCCCGGAUCCACUGGAGUUGCGCAUUGGGGACAAUGUGGCGGGACGGGGUAUACGGGGAGUACUACUUGUGCUAGCCCGUAUACGUGCGUUUAUGCCAAUGCUUAUUAUGCUCAAUGUCUUUAG